CGCCCGGGUCGCCGAGCCCGCGCGCCCCCUCGGCCCUCGCCGCGCGCCGCGCCCCCGCCGCCGAGCCCGGGCUGCGGGAGGCGGCCGGGCGGCCCGAACAAAGGCAGCUCCGGGGCUGGGUGGCUGCAAACAACCAUGAGAGCCCGGGCUCGCGCUCUCCCCGGCCCCGCCGCCAGGGCGCCGCUGUGAGGGGCCGCAGGGGCGCAGCUGCCGGGCGUGCACCCGAAAGGCGAGAGCCGGCGAGCGGCCACCAAGAUGUCCUCGGCCGUGGGGCCCCGCGGUCCUCGCCCACCCACGGUGCCUCCCCCGAUGCAAGAGCUGCCCGACCUGAGCCACCUGACCGAGGAGGAGAGAAACAUCAUCAUGGCAGUGAUGGACCGGCAGAAGGAGGAGGAGGAGAAGGAAGAAGCCAUGCUCAAGUGUGUUGUCAGGGACAUGGCGAAGCCUGCCGUCUGCAAAACACCAAGAAAUGCUGAAAACCAGCCCCACCAACCUUCACCGAGAUUGCACCAACAGUUCGAAAGCUAUAAGGAACAAGUGAGGAAAAUAGGGGAGGAAGCGCGGCGUUACCAAGGCGAGCACAAGGACGACGCUCCGACGUGUGGAAUCUGCCAUAAGACCAAGUUCGCGGACGGGUGCGGCCACCUCUGCUCCUACUGCCGCACCAAGUUCUGCGCGCGCUGCGGCGGCCGCGUGUCUCUGCGCUCCAACAACGUAAUGUGGGUAUGCAAUUUAUGUCGAAAGCAACAGGAAAUCUUAACCAAAUCAGGGGCAUGGUUCUUCGGAAGUGGCCCUCAGCAGCCAAGUCAGGAUGGAACCCUGAGUGACACAGCCACGGGUGCUGGUUCUGAGGUGCCCAGAGAAAAGAAAGCAAGACUCCAGGAGCGGUCGCGGUCUCAGACACCCUUGAGCACAGCCGCUGCCCCCUCCCAGGACACGGGUCCUCCCAGCGCACCUCCAGACAGGAGCAAAGGGGCUGAACUUUCACAGCAAGCCCUGGGACCCGAACAGAAGCAGGCUUCAAGGUCUAGAAGUGAACCUCCAAGAAAGAAGACGCCAGGGCUUUCGGAGCAGAAUGGCAAAGCAGCCCCGAAGAGCGAGCGGAAACGCGCGCCGAAGACCUCGCCGCAGCCCGGGGAGGGGGCCCCGGACGAACGCGAGCGGAAGGAACGGCGGGAGAGCCGGAGGCUGGAGAAGGGCCGGUCGCAGGACUACCCCGACGUGCCGGAAAAACGAGACGAGGGCAAGGCGGCGGCCGAGGAGAAGCAAAGGAAAGAGGAGGAGUACCAGACGCGGUACCGCAGCGACCCCAACCUGGCGCGGUACCCGGUGAAGCCGCCGCCGGAGGAGCAGCAGAUGCGCAUGCACGCCCGGGUGUCCCGCGCCAGGCACGAGCGGCGCCACAGCGAUGUGGCGCUUCCGCGCACCGAGGCGGGCGCCGCGCCGCCUGAGGGCAAGGCGGGCAAGCGCGCGCCGGGCCCCGCCAGGGCCUCGCCGCCGGACUCGCCGCGCGCCUACCCGGCCGAGAGGACCGCGGAGGCCCGGGCGGCCAAGCCGCCAACGAACCACAGCCCGCCGGCGCCCCGGCACGGCCCGGCCCCCGCCGAAGCCGCGGAGCUCAAAGCCCAGGAGCCCCUCAGGAAGCAGAGCCGCCUGGACCCCAGCUCGGCGGUGCUCAUCCGCAAGGCCAAGCGCGAGAAGGCGGAGACCAUGCUGCGCAACGACUCGCUGAGCUCCGACCAGUCCGAGUCCGUGCGGCCCUCCCCGCCCAAGCCGCACCGGCCCAAGAGGGGCGGCAAGAGGCGGCAGAUGUCGGUGAGCAGCUCGGAGGAGGAGGGCGUGUCGACGCCCGAGUACACCAGCUGCGAGGACGUGGAGCUGGAGAGCGAGAGCGUCAGCGAGAAAGGUGACUUAGACUAUUACUGGUUGGAUCCUGCCACGUGGCACAGCCGGGAAACAUCACCUAUUAGUUCGCAUCCUGUAACGUGGCAGCCAUCUAAAGAAGGGGAUCGAUUAAUUGGACGUGUUAUUCUUAACAAGAGAACAACUAUGCCCAAAGAGUCAGGUGCAUUGCUGGGUCUGAAAGUUGUCGGAGGAAAAAUGACUGACUUAGGACGCCUUGGUGCUUUCAUCACCAAAGUAAAGAAGGGAAGCCUGGCAGAUGUGGUUGGACACCUAAGAGCGGGGGAUGAAGUUCUAGAAUGGAAUGGUAAACCCCUGCCGGGAGCUACAAAUGAAGAAGUUUACAACAUUAUUUUAGAAUCAAAAUCAGAACCUCAAGUUGAAAUUAUUGUUUCAAGGCCUAUUGGUGACAUUCCCCGGAUACCUGAGAGCUCCCACCCUCCACUGGAAUCUAGUUCCAGUUCUUUUGAAUCUCAGAAGAUGGAAAGGCCUUCCAUUUCUGUUAUUUCCCCGACAAGUCCUGGAGCUCUGAAAGAUGCCCCACAAGUCCUACCCGGACAACUUUCUGUGAAGCUGUGGUAUGAUAAAGUGGGGCACCAACUGAUUGUAAAUGUUCUGCAAGCAACAGAUCUCCCCCCUAGAGUAGAUGGGCGUCCCAGGAAUCCCUAUGUAAAAAUGUAUUUUCUUCCAGAUAGAAGUGACAAAAGUAAAAGGAGAACCAAAACAGUAAAGAAAGUACUAGAACCAAAAUGGAAUCAAACUUUUGUCUAUUCACAUGUACAUCGUAGAGAUUUUAGAGAACGAAUGUUAGAAAUAACUGUGUGGGACCAACCGAGAGUGCAAGAAGAAGAAAGUGAAUUUCUUGGCGAGAUCCUCAUAGAGUUGGAAACCGCGCUUUUAGAUGAUGAACCACACUGGUAUAAACUUCAAACACAUGAUGAAUCUUCACUACCUCUGCCUCAGCCAUCUCCUUUCAUGCCAAGGCGACACAUUCAUGGAGAAAGCUCUAGCAAAAAGCUACAAAGAUCUCAGCGGAUCAGUGACAGUGACAUCUCAGAUUACGAGGUUGAUGAUGGGAUUGGAGUGGUCCCUCCAGUAGGCUAUAGGUCUAGUGCUAGAGAAAGUAAAUCUACAACAUUAACUGUGCCAGAACAGCAAAGAACAACUCAUCACCGCUCACGUUCAGUAUCUCCUCAUCGCGGCGAUGAUCAGGGAAGGCCGCGUUCACGUUUACCAAAUGUGCCAUUACAGAGGAGUUUAGAUGAAAUUCAUCCCACAAGAAGAUCACGUUCUCCAACUAGACACCACGAUGCCUCCCGAAGUCCAGUUGAUCACAGAUCCAGAGAUGUGGACAGUCAGUAUUUAUCAGAACAAGACAGUGAGCUUCUUAUGCUGCCCAGAGCAAAACGAGGAUGGAGUGCAGAAUGCCUACACACGACCAGUGAACUGCAGCCCUCCCUUGACAGGGCUAGGAGUGCUAGUACCAACUGCUUGAGACCAGAUACUAGUUUGCAUUCACCAGAACGAGAAAGGCACUCCAGAAAGUCUGAAAGAUCUAGCAUCCAAAAACAGACUAGGAAAGGCACUGCCUCUGAUGCAGAAAGGGUUCUCCCACCGUGUCUUUCUAGAAGGGGACACGCAGCCCUAAGAGCGACUGAUCAGCCAGUCCUUAGGGGAAAGCAUCCCACUCGCUCGCGGUCGAGCGAGCCCUCUAGUGUCAGCACACUGUGUUCUGUGCACCACCUUGCCCCUGGAGGGUCGGCGCCGCCUUCUCCGCUCCUGACAAGAAUGCACCGACAGGAAAGUCCAACCCAGUCCCCUCCAGCAGACACGUCAUUCAGCAGCCGCAGGGGAAGGCAGCUCCCACAAGUGCCAGUGAGAAGCAGCAGUGUAGAACAAGCAAGCUUAGUAGUGGAGGAGCGAGCAAGACAGAUGAAAAUGAAAGUGCAUCGAUUUAAGCAGUCGACAGGGUCUGGUUCUAGUCAAGAACUUGAUCGCGAGCAAUAUUCCAAGUAUAACAUACAUAGAGAUCAGUACAGAAGCUGUGAUAACGUCUCUGCCAAAUCAUCAGAUAGUGAUGCCAGUGAUGUGUCCGCCCUUUCCCGAACCAGCAGUGCCUCACGCCUCAGCAGCACGAGCUUUAUGUCAGAGCAGUCUGAGCGGCCCAGGGGUAGAAUCAGUUCAUUUACCCCCAAAAUGCAAGGCAGACGGAUGGGGACAUCAGGAAGAGCCAUCGUGAAGAGCACCAGUGUGAGCGGCGAGAUGUACUCCCUGGAGCAUAAUGACGGCAGCCAGUCAGACACAGCCGUGGGUACCGUCCGAGCAGGUGGGAAGAAGCGGAGGUCCAGCCUGAGUGCCAAAGUGGUUGCCAUAGUAUCUCGAAGAAGCAGAAGUACGUCCCAACUUAGCCAGACAGAGUCGGGCCACAAGAAGCUGAAAAGCACCAUCCAGAGAAGCACGGAGACAGGCAUGGCGGCCGAGAUGAGGAAGAUGACGCGGCAGCCGAGCCGGGAGUCCACAGACGGCAGCAUCAACAGCUACAGUUCCGAGGGCAACUUAAUAUUUCCUGGAGUACGACUGGGAGCUGACAGUCAAUUCAGUGAUUUUCUUGAUGGAUUGGGACCAGCCCAGCUUGUUGGCCGCCAAACCCUUGCCACCCCCGCAAUGGGUGACAUACAAAUCGGAAUGGAGGAUAAAAAGGGCCAAUUAGAAGUUGAGGUCAUCAGAGCACGAAGUCUCACACAGAAGCCGGGGUCCAAAUCGACACCUGCUCCGUAUGUCAAAGUUUAUCUUUUGGAGAACGGGGCCUGUAUAGCCAAGAAGAAGACAAGAAUUGCACGAAAAACCCUCGAUCCUUUAUAUCAACAGUCCCUGGUUUUUGAUGAAAGUCCACAGGGCAAAGUUCUUCAGGUGAUUGUCUGGGGAGACUAUGGAAGAAUGGACCACAAAUGCUUCAUGGGUGUGGCUCAGAUCUUGUUGGAAGAACUCGAUCUGUCCAGCAUGGUGAUCGGAUGGUACAAAUUAUUCCCACCAUCCUCGCUGGUGGAUCCCACACUCACGCCACUCACCCGCCGGGCUUCCCAAUCAUCUCUGGAAAGUUCAACUGGGCCUCCCUGCAUUCGAUUAUAGUGAACUCAUACCAGAGUCAUUCCAAUAAAACUCUACCUUUCAGGAUAAUAAUCUGGACCAGAUAUUUCAUGAUCAAAAGCAUUGUUGGAGACAGACAAUCAACUUGUGUUUUGUCUGUAGUCGUUUUUCAAUAAUAUGUCCCAAUUCUUGUUUAAAACAUGGCUUCACAUGACAGAACAAGGCAAUCUACCAAGUGACAGUGAGAAUCAAUGUGCUAGUGAGAGUCACUGAUGCUUCUAACAAAUAGAAAAAGAGGAAAUUUUAAACACACACACACACACACUCUCUCUCUCUCCAAAUUGAACAGACUGGAAACUCUCACUCUGAAAAGCUGUAUUCUACACAUUUCUGCACAGACCACAAACAGCAUUAUUUCCCGGGUAUUUGACAAGUUCUGUUCUUUUGUGUGUUGUGUUUAUUUGUGUUAUGUCAGUUUUCGGUUUCUUGAGUUUCUGAUUUUGUUCCUUUUCAUCCUAAUUGUUAUUUCUAGUUGCUUGGCUAAGCCAUGACAGGCCUCGUGUUGCUAACAGAGACCCUUUCUUUCUUUUUUCCAAAAACACCCCAAAAAAGGGCUGAAGCCGUCUCUGUAGCAUUUCCCUAAAGUGUUCAACAGCUAGACAGGUGAGGCCUACCAUAGGUUUCACUGGCUUUUCUUUUAUAAUUCUUCAAAGUCUAUGUGUAGAAACCCAGAAGACAAAAUGUUAUCUUCCAAAGUAAAUAAUCUCAGAAUUACUUUUUUAAAUGAAGAACAGCUCAUCUGUUUGCAUUCUAGAAAAUUAAUUUGUGUUUUCCAUUGUCUUGCAUGGAAGACUCUUAAAUCAAUCUGCAACUAAUGCUGGGGACUAAACCUAACGCGUAAUUGUACUUUGAGAACACUCCUUGUAAUGCCUUUUUCUUCGUGAUAUCAAAAUAAUAUAUAUAUGCUUAUGUGUAUAAACCAUACUUCUGACUUCCCAAAAUGGUGACUAGGAAUGGAUUGAGCCUAAGACACUUUCAGCUAUGCCCAGGCUUCUCAGCCAUGCCUCAGUGUAGACACACCCAUCUGCCCUGGAAAGAGCAUGGUAUGAGCUGUUCAAUAUUCCACUGGAAAGUCCAGUUGAAACAUUCUGCACUAAACUAAUGUUUUUAUCAAAUUUUAGUUUACAUUUCUUUGAGAUUGAUGCAAGCACAAAGCUUGAUUUUUUAACGCAAAGUAUCUUUUGGGGGGGGAUAAAACAAAGUCAAAUUUUAAUUCGCAUUUUCUUCAUUUAGUUUUUCUCGGCCUUGAAUUUCCCUUGUGACAUUCUGUACAUGUGCUACCAACUGCAGACAUUGCAGGUGCAUCGAUAUGUUCUCCCUCCCUUUAUGAGUCACUCAACUUUUGUGAUUACACAAAUAGAGCAGCAUGACUUGGAACUGUUCGAAGCUGCAUGCACGUUUUGUAAAAAAAAAAAAAAAAAAAAUUGAAAAGAAACAAAAGGUUAUUUAAUAAUGUAUGUUAGUUCCACAUAGGCCAGCUUGUAUGUUGCAUGUACCUGUACAGUUUGCUUGUUAAUUACUAUACUGAGAUAACCAAGAAAUCUAAGCCAUCCAUUUUUGUUAUAGACAUUUUGCAGAUUUUAGCCAGACUCAGCCUGUGGGUCUGGGGUGAAAUGUCUAUAGAUGGACUUUAUUUUUUACCCUCCGGAAAACAUGAUGUAGUACGGACCAAAUUCCUUCUAAUACAUAUUUUGGUGUAGCUUCCUACUGUGGGGCUGUAACACAUGUAGACACUGUGUACACACUAGGUUUUAAUCCAUAGACAUACUGCCUGCACCAAGUGAAUUAUUUAUUAUUAUUUACACAUGCCAGAAUUAUCUGCCCAUCAUUCUGCAGGGCACAGACUGACCACUGCUCACCGUGCUGGGCAGGAAGGACUGAAGCAUUGGUGCACUUCCACUAGAUUCCGUUCUGUCUUCGUGGCCAACAAUCAACUGACUAUAAUUGGGUAGUACCUUUCUAUUUUGACCACUUGUCUUAACACUCCCUUGUGCUUUUAAAUGAAAUUCCAACUCAUGUAUGUAAACAUGUUUAAUAAAAUUUACUUUUCAUGUC